AUGGCUGCAGUUCCAUCUCAACGUAUUUCAAUUCCUGAGAAAACCAUUGUCAAGCCUUCUUCUCCCUCCCCUUCUUCUCUUAAUCCAAUACUGAAAAAUGUGCGCGCACAUAGGAAGUUCCUUUUCUCUGGCUCCAAAUUAGGCGCCCUUAGAGCAAUAGUUGCAGUUGAAUCGGGGGUCAAGAAUCCUAGUCGUUCUGAAGUUGUGAGUGCAAUUAUGUUCAAAUUCGUCACGAAAGCAGCAUCAAGAAUUAACAAUAAUUCUGGUACAUUUAGACCGUCCAUGAUGUUGAAUGACGUUGAUAUACGCCCACUGGUCGUCCCCCCUUUGCCACAAAACAGUAUAGGAAAUCUCUUGAGUGUUUUUUUACUCGUCGUGACUAAGGAAGAUGAGAUGAAAAUAGCAACAUUGGUUUGCAACCUUAGGAAAGAACUUGAAGCAGUGUACAAGAAAGAUCCUGUUAAACAAAAUGCCUUGAUUUUGGAUGGGGAAAACCAGGAAGAGUAUCAUCACCAUUUGGUCCGUGGCAGAAUAGCUUGUCUUCGUGGUGUUGAAGCAUUGGUAACGUUAGAAGAAAAGCAAAUGUUAGCAUUAGAGAGAUGA